ACUGUUCCUGUUUCAGUAACGUUUGCUAAAAACUCUCUCUUUGUGAGCCUUUUCUAAAAAUUCAUCUUAAUAUUUGUGAGCUGUUUUUAAAGAUUUACAUCCUCAGUGGGCUUUAGGCUGAGUGCCACAGACAGACAUGGGUAAGGAAUUUGGAUUUUCUGACAAUAAGAUUAAUAUAGAAUAACACCAGCCUUGUCCUUUAAGUGGUCCUCGCUGUCAUAUAACACCCUCUCCAUUCAACAACAACCACGAUCUCAGGUUAAACAUCCUUAAAGGCUUGAUAAACUGUAAACCCGCACCUGGACCUGGAGUAUAUCUAAUCUUCUGGUGAAUUUAAUGUAAAGGAUGUUGAGUAAAUCUUGAGCUGUUGUGUGGAAAAGGAUCUGAGCUGAUGAAGAGAAGAAUCCUGGGUUUAGGUUUUGAAUAAGGGAAUUCAGCCCAACAAUCCUGUAUAGACUUCUUUUGUUGAGACAGUAUAUUGGAAAAAACACAACAAAAACUAUAAAACAACUAUUGCUGAAAGAAGCAAUGAGCUGGUUUAAAACAAAAUAACAAACUAAGAGAUAAAAGCAGUGGUAUUCCAGCAGCUCCUGCGUUCUGCUUGGUAAAAUUAAUGUUUUUUUAAUGGAGUUUGGUACUGAUAUAUAGUGGUAUUUCUGGUUGAACACAGAGGAUAAACACUUUGGAUAAACUGGAAUGGUUAUUUUGAUCUAACAAGAUCCAUGAACGGCUCUAAUCUACCCUCUCAUGGCUGCAUGUAGCAUUUCUUUUCUUGGAGAAGGAGAAAAAGAUAAACACCUACACUUAUUAGAGGUUUCUCUCUGAGGUUUUCUAACUUCUCUCUCUUUGUAGUGCAGAAUUUGCAGUGUUGCCAGCUGAACCUCUUCCCCUCUUAAACAACUAGAAGAUUAAACUCAAUGGCCAAAUUGUGUUUUCUUUCCCUCAGGGCUGAUGUUGACAGAUAAACUAAUAUCAUAAUGCAAAAUACAGCUCAUUGGGAACACAAAGGCUCCUGCCUGCGAGUAAUUACAAUAAAGGAAAUGCGUUUUUCUACAAGGACGUUAAAAUUCCCAAAUGCCACAUGUGCAAUCUCAUGACCGUGGACCGAGGAAACAUCUGGCCUCCCUCUUGUGCCUCCUGAGCUGACGGCAGUUCGAUCAAACACACUGGCUCAGUUCAGCAGGAACAGGAGCCUAGUCAACGCACAACAUUUCGUCACUGAUAUCAAGCAGAUGAUCUGCAGAGACGUCCCGAGGCGGAAAGUACAGCGAACAGUGGUGUAACUGGAGAUCUCGACUGAGUAUGAUUCAGCUGUUGUAUCAAUUAAGGAAGUGACUGAGUACUUGUACUUUACUUGGGUAUGAGAGAAUAUUGAGAAUAUUGUACUCCACUACAUUUAUUUGACAGCUUUAGUUACUAGUUACUUUUAAGAUAGGGAUUUUACACAAUAGAUGAUACAACAAGCUUAAAAAGAAAGAUUAAACUUGUGUCUUACAACCUUACAAAAAACUGUGUUUAGUUGGGGUCACAUUCCUGAUUACUGGCAGUUGUUAACAGCUCCAUCAAAUAGUGAUUUUCCACCUUAAAGUUGUUUAAAUGACCCAAUAUUUAACCAAAAAUUACAGAUUGGAGAAAAAGUCCAACAACUGAAAACAGAUUAGUGAGUCAGAGCUUUGUUUUUAUCUUAUUUCCUCUCCCAUUAAUCAUCUGACAACCCCUCAGAUUUAUCUACUGACCAUGUUUAUAUCAAAACUGAAAAUAAAGUAGAUCCAAACCAGUACUUUUAAUACUUGAACUACAAUUUACUGAGAAUACUAAUGCAAAUAUAAAUGUACUUUUAAUGUACUUUUACUUAUGAGUAUUUUUACAUUACAGUAUUGGUACUUUUACCUUAGUUCAACUGAAUGAAUUCAGAGUUCAGACUCAUCAGUAUGUGCUGCCCUCUACUGGUCACAGUGAGGAACUACAACUGCACAAUAUUAAUUUCUGUAUUUCGGUUUCUGUUUAAAAAAAAGAAGGAAUAAACAAAAAUGAAACAAUCAGAACCACUCUAAAAAAAAUAAGAAAAACAGGACAGAUUUGUAUGAGAAAUUAAAGACUGAAUAUUAUAAUAAAUACAUUUUUAUAUAAAUGUAUUUCCAUAAAUGUGAAUGUGCUGAAUAUAAUUUGGUUAAAAGUGGGUAUUAAAAAACGCUGUCCCUAGGGUUGCACAAAAACACAGGAGCAGAAAAUGUCCUUAAGUAGAAGACACAAGAAACCAGACAGGAUUUUAAUCCCAAUCCCUUGUCUAUAAACCACUAAAUGGUCUCGGAUCUAAAUACGUCUGAUUUACUUGUACGCAACAAAACAUCCAGACCCCUCAGGUCACCUGGGACAGGUUUACUCAGCCUUCACAGAAUCAAAAGCAAACAAGGUGAAGCAGCUUUUAGUUUCUAUUCUCCCCACCUGAGCUUCCUGAACACCUGAGGCCUGAUAAAACCAUCAGCUCAUUUAAAAUCAGGGCUUAAAACAUUAGUGUUUCCAAUAAAUUACACUGUUGUUUCAAGCCCUUUAACUGUUUAUAUGCUGGUUUUUGCUUUGCUUCUUUUAAAUGAAAUUUUAAUGUCUUCUUAAUGUUGUAUUUUUAAUGUAUUUAAUUAAUUCAUGCCUUUAUAAAACAGUUCCAACUACCUUGUAUUUAUUAUCUUUUAAAUGAAAUUUUAAUGUCUUCUUAAUGUCUUAUUUUUAAUGUAUUUAAUUAAUUCAUGCCUUUGUAAAACACUCUGAACUACCUUGUAUUUAUUAUCUUUUAAAUGAAAUUUUAAUGUCUUCUUAAUGUCUUAUUUUUAAUGUAUUUAAUUAAUUCAUGCCUUUGUAAAACACUUUGAACUGACUGGUAUUUAUUGUCUUUUAAAUGCAAUUUUAAUGUCUUCUUAAUGUCUUAUUUUUAAUGUAUUUCUCUGCCUCAGUUAAGCUUUGAAUUGGCCUACAAAUAAUAAACUUUUUUCGCCCAAAAGUAUCCCCAAUAAACUUCCUAAAAUUUCAGAGCUCGGCUAUUUAUAUGUAUUUAUUUCUCCCCCUAAAAGAAUGGCUAAAAUUUAAAAUUUAGCCACAGGAUAAUUCUGCUGUGCAGAGGCUGUGGAGGGCAGAAGUCUUCCUGAAAGUGCAACUACUCCUGAUUUAAAUCACACGAAGAAGAAGAAGAAGAACGAGGAACAACAACAACAACAUGAUAGUUCGACAACUCGCUCGGCGCAGACAGGAAGCCUUAAAAAACUGAAUUUACUCACAGACAUGUUCAGCAUGGAGACUUUCGAGAGGCAGAUUUUUGCUGUGAUGGAGACUCUGGGGGACGCGGCGGUCUCGGAGCUCGGCAGGCUUCUGGAGGAGCAUUGGGCUGAAGCCGUUAUGGCCGCCACCGUCGCCGCUCAGCAGCGCUCCGCUCCGGCUGCAGAGGCGGCUGUGAAGAGCGAGGAGGAGGAGAAAGAAGUCACUCCACCGGAGCACAGACGGCAGUCAAAUAAAGCUAUAACGAACCAGUUUGCAUUGCUCAUGGAAUCAUGGACCAAAGGUGCAGUGGAGAAAAUAUUGGUAAUGUUGAAAGAGUCAAUGAGUGAAGCUGAAGAUGGUCCGGCUGUGGAGCAGAGAGUCGAGUCGAAUGACAAGACGAAACAGACAAGCAUGAAGUCGAGAGCAGGGCGAAGGGUCAGGCCCAAGAAGCGUAAAUCAGAAUCAGCAGCCAGAAGUUCCCGUCAGAGGAGAAAGAAAAUCGAACGAGAACUCAAACCGGCAGCAGCAGCAGCAGCAGCUGACUCAGAAUCAGUGAUUAAACCUGCUGCUGUGGCUGCAAAUAAACAGAGUAAAUCUGGAUCCCGGUCUCAACCUAAAGCCUUGCCGACAGAGCCCACCUCAGAACUGACCCCUGAGCCAUCCUCCGAUGUCAGUGAGGAGGAUGUAACCCAGGAGGAUACAGACGCUUCAACGACGACAUCCAAGAUCAAGAAGAAGAAGAAGACGACAGGGCCGUUCAAGUGUUCUUCUUGUGACAAAACAUUUGCUCUGAAGUGUUUGAUGGACAGGCACUACCUGACUCAUUCCAAGCCUCACCUCUGCUCCGAGUGUGGCAAACGUUUCGCCGGUCUCCGGGGGCUCGUUGCACAUUCGAGACGUCACACCGGGGAGAAGCUUUACAAAUGCUCAGACUGCGGGACGGAGUUUGCUUACAAGUAUACCUUCGAGAGACACAUGCGUCAGCACAGCCUGAGGAAACCGAACACUCACAUGUGUGCGCUGUGCGAGAAUCAGUUCGCCGGGGCGUUGGCGCUUCAGCGGCACAGGUGUUGUGCCCUGAAGAAGACGUUUGUCUGCUCUCUUUGUCCGGAGACAUUUGAGUGCAGGAAGAGUUUGGCCGAUCACGAGAAUCUACAUUCAGGAGACAGAGAUUUUGUCUGCGAGAUGUGCGGCGAGAGCUUCUUCUCGUCCUCAUCUUUAGCCACUCACCGGGUGACUCACAUGCAAAAGGAAAACUGCUGCGACGUGCUCGGCCUCGGGUGCAGCGACUUGAGCGUCCUCAGAAAUCACCUGAGCAAACACACCGGGGAAAAACUCUUCACCUGCGAGGUUUGUGGUAAAGGCUGCAGCCACCAGAGCGCCCUGAAACACCACAUGCUAACCCACACAGGAGAGAGGCCAUACGUCUGCGAGACCUGCGGCAAACGCUGUGGCCACGCCAGCGCGCUCCAGAACCACAUGAGGAUCCACACAGGGAAGAAGCCAGGGCAGCAGCCGGUCUGCAACGUGUGUGGGAAAAAAUUCCGCUGCAUGGUCAACCUCAAAUACCACAUGAGCAUCCACACGGGGGAGAAACCCUACAGCUGUGAUCAGUGUGAUAAAAAGUUCAGCAACCCCAGCAAUCUCAAGUUGCACAUGACGAUUCACUCGGGGGAGAAGAUGUACGGCUGCAAUGUCUGCAGCAGGAGGUUCACUCAGUCCAGCAGCCUCAAGCUGCACAGGCGGAUCCACACAGGGGAAAAGCCAUAUCGCUGCAUGGUCUGUGGAAAAGGAUUCGUACACAGUGGCGACUUCAAGAAACAUCAGAAGGGGCACCUGCCAGAGGAACCAGGUGGUGGACAGUCUGACAAAACUGCAGUGAAAUCCUAAAACAUUUAAAGUUGGUGAUGUUUGCAAACACUGCGGUUAGAGCUGGGCAAUGUGAUGAUAAACACUGUGAGACAACAGAAAUUUAUUUAUCGACUCAAAGAUUUUACAAUCCUGUUUACACAGAGAUGUCUAUCACUAGUUUUAUUGGAGAAUAAUGUGAUUAUUAAUGGUUAUUUAGUUUUUUUAGUUGAGUUUUUAGGAAUGGGUACACUACAUGACCAAAAUGGGUCAUGGGUAAUGGGCUACUGUUAAAGCCUUCUCUGUUUGACUUGGACUCAAAUUCAAUUCAAUCCAAUUCAAAACAGAAGUUAUCUCAAGGCACUUUUCAUAUAGAGCAGGUCUAGUCCGUAACUGGUUGGGGUCAAACUCGUGGUGUUGCCAGUCUGCUGACCAAGAUGUGGCAAGAAUUUACAGCACUAUGAUUGGCCAAUCAGAUCAAAAGUACUCUACUUGUACAGACGAGUGGAGGGAAAAACCAACAUAAAGUGUUUUAGUCAGGUGUUGUUCCAACCUGAACUUCCUCUCUAAGUCUUUGGGGCUCCACUGGAGGGACGGAGUAUCAUUCUACCUAAAGAUUUUCUCUCACUUGGUGUUUUAGACAUUAUUCAAAAAUCUCCACAGGAGUUCAGUUGGUUUUAGAUCUGGAGACUGUGAAGGCCAUUAGUGUUGGGUUGAUUAAACCUUGUUGAAGCAUUGAGGCUUUCAAGCCAACUGUGUUUAUUCAUUUAUUUUGUCACCCAUCUAUAUGUAGUGAACAUAGUAUAUAUCAUGAUAUAACGCAUACUAUCCACAGCCAACUGGAGACUUACAUUUAACCAAAUUAUUAUUAACACAUUCUGUUAUUAAAAAAAAGACAAAUGUUCAAGUAAUUAGCUUUUCCCAGAAAAAAAGUUCUGUACAAUAUUUUUAAAAAUUAACAAAUAGGUUAAUGGCUGCCUUCAAAUAUUAAUAAAGUUGACUUCUCAAAAGUUCAA